AUAAGCACGCACCUCACACGCUUCUUCUCCACCCAUCCGAAACCACACCCACUAGCUCCCAGCUGCAGCAAGCAAGCCAAACUUGUGCGUGUGAGUGAGUGAGCGAGAGCUCAGGGAAACCACCCUACAAAGCUCCGGCUGAGCCACCCAACCGGCCGGCGACGAUGCCGAUGCUCAUCCCCGACGACGUGCGCGCCAAGGCGGAGAUCUACACCGGCGACGCAGCGGGGCAGGAGAAGACGCGGCUGAUGCUGGCUGAGACGGAGCUUCCCAGCGGUCUCCUGCCGCUCAAGGACAUCAUCGAGUGCGGGUACGUGGAGGAGACCGGCUUCGUGUGGCUCAAGCAGAAGAAGCGGGUGGACCACUACUUCGCCAAGGCCGGCCGCCAUGUCUCCUACGCCACCGAGGUCUCCGCCAUCGCCGAGAAGGGCCGCCUGAAGAAGAUCUCCGGCGUCAAGGCCAAGGAGAUGCUCAUCUGGGUCAACCUCCACGAGAUCUGCGUCGACGACCCGCCCACCGGCAAGCUCCACUGCAAGGCCAUCGGCGGCCUCUCCCGCAGCUUCCCCGUGGAGGCAUUCGAGGCCACCGACGACCUGCCCGUGCCCGUCACCGGACGUCUCAAGAAGAAGACAGAGAAAGAGAGCACCGACAAGAAAGACGAGAAGAAGGAGGAGGCAGCAGAGAAGCCGAAGGAGGAGGCAGCAGAGAAGCCCAAGGGGGCCUCCGUCGCCCCCGCCCCCGCCGCCGUCGACGAGAUCGGUCAGAAAAUGAAGGAGAUGAACACGGAAGCGGUGGCAGCCAAGAACUGAUCGGUGGCGGCGAUGGCGACGGCGGCACGUCAUGAUCGGUUACCUAGUCAUAAAUUUGUUUCAGAAUAACGCAUUGCAUUAGCAUGUCAUCAACCACCCACACAUAUGUAUCACCUGAUCCAUCGAUGAGAGUUCAGUUCGACAACGAUGUAAUUUCCUCCUGCCUUUUUUCUGGUUUUAAUGUGAUGAAAUUUAAUGGAUGUCAUUGCCAUGAGCUGGCGCUACCCGAUCAA